AUGUCCAGAGUACAGCAAAAUUCAAAAGCGGGUUCAAAGUAUAUUCGAGGGCAAACUUUAGGAGGAGAGAAAGAGGAAUGUGAAAGUGACUCGGCCUAUUGCUACAAUAUGACUGUCCAGGCAUACGCUAUCAUUGAUGUCGUAAAAGCUGGUUGUUCAACUUACAGAUGUAUGUUGGCUCAAAACACCUGUAGAGGUACGACGUUCCAAGGUGUUCCGGUACAGUUUUGCUGUUGUAAUUAUGGUGAUCUUUGCAAUUCUGAACAGUAUCGCUAA